GAGGCAUCUCCUCUCCCCGCUGCCUGACUCAGUCACUGCUAAAGCAGUGUUGGGAGGCUGAGUGGAGAAAGAGAUACGGCGUCCCUCCCCAGCUUCCAGGAGUCACAGAGGCUGGGGAGGUGGGCAAGGGAUUGUGUGCGUGGGUUCCCUGGGGGCUGCUUUCUGGGGGUUCCCGCCCAGGUUUUGCCCUUCACUGGCUCUGUGCCCCUGAGCAAGCCCUGAGCAGGGUCCUUAAUUGUCACUGUGGGGUGAAGGAGUAAUCCUGGUUCUCCCUGGCGAUCUGCUACUUGUUAUCAGCAUCAGGACUAGGGAAAGAACAGAGAAGAGGCUGAGCCAUGGGGACCCUUCAUCUCCCAUUUUCUGACAAAUCUUUUUCCAAGCUCAGCUUUCCGGGCACGUCAGUAACCCGGGUUUCCCCAGAAGGCUCUUCAGAUCUUUCCAACUCCUCUGCCCCACCCUCCCCGUGUCCUCCCCUGUCAGGUCUCCCCACCCAGUGCUCCCUGGUUCUCCCAGAGCCCCCACCCCAGCCCUUAUCCCCCAGGGCGGCAAGAUCUCUGGUAUCUGCGUCCUUCCCCUGCUUCUCUGCACUCCUCUUUCUUCGUUUGCUCUCCUCCUGGCCUGUCUCUGACGGUGGGGUUUCUUCUGGUUCCCAGUAUUGGCCCACUCGGCAUGUUGCCUUGCGUUUUGUGUUUAGAUCUGGUGGUGCUCCAGGGAGCGGCUGCAUCAGGUGUUACGUGAGCCAAGCCCUAACCGUGCAGAAGAGUGAGAGCUGAAACUUGCUACCGGAUCAGAAGGCAUCCCUCCCGGGGCUUGCUGGGCUGUGGACACCUCCCGGGCCCCUCCGUCUGGGCCCCGUGGAUAGGAGGGGCCGGCCGAGCAGGCAGCUGGGCUAUGGUUUGCUGCCUCGGUCUGGCCGUCCUCAGCCUGGUCAUCAGCCAGGGGGCUGACGGUCGAGGGAAGCCUGAGGUGGGGUCAGUGGUGGGCCGGGCUGGCGACAGCGCGGUGCUGGGCUGUGACCUGCUGCCCCCGGCUGGCCGGCCCCCGCUACAUGUCAUCGAGUGGCUGCGCUUUGGAUUCCUGCUCCCCAUCUUCAUCCAGUUCGGCCUCUACUCUCCCAGAAUUGACCCUGAUUACGUGGGGCGAGUCCGGCUGCAGAAGGGGGCAUCUCUCCGGAUUGAGGGGCUCCGAGCGGAAGACCAGGGCUGGUACGAGUGCCGAGUGCUCUUCCUGGACAAGCACAGCCCUGAGGACGACUCUGUUAACGGCUCCUGGGUGCACCUUACAGUCAAUUCACCCCCUCAGUUCCUGGAGACCCCUCCCCAGGUGCUGGAAGUUCAGGAACUGGAGCCUGUGACCCUGCGUUGUGUGGCCCGUGGCAGCCCACAGCCUCAUGUGACUUGGAAGCUCCGAGGACAGGAUCUUGGCCAGGGCCAGGGCCAGGUGCAAGUGCAGAAUGGGACGCUGUGGAUCCGGAGGGUGGAACGCCGCAGCUCUGGGGUCUACACCUGUCAAGCCUCCAGCACCGAGGGCAGUGCCUCCCACGCCACCCAGCUGCUGGUGCUAGGCCCCCCGGUCAUCGUGGUGCCCCCCAAGAACAGCACGGUCAAUGCCUCCCAGGAUGUUUCCUUGGCCUGCCGGGCUGAGGCGUACCCCACCAACCUCACUUAUAGCUGGUUCCAGGACAGCGUCAACGUGUUCCACGUUAGCCGCCUGCAGCCCCGAGUGCGGAUCCUGGUAGAUGGGAGCCUGCGGCUGCUGGCCGCCCAGCCGGACGAUGCGGGCCGCUACACCUGCGUGCCCAGCAACGGCCUCCGGCGCCCGCCCUCGGCCUCUGCCUACCUCACUGUGCUCUACCCAGCGCAGGUGACAGCGAUGCCUCCUGAGACCCCCCUGCCCGUAGGCAUGCGGGGGGUGAUCCGGUGCCCGGUCCGCGCCAACCCCCCACUGCUCUUCGUCAGCUGGACCAAGGAUGGGCAGGCCCUGCAGCUGGACAAGCUCCCUGGCUGGUCCCAGGGCCCCGAGGGCUCCCUGAUCAUCGCCCUGGGGAACGAGGAUGCCCUGGGAGAAUACUCCUGCACCCCCUACAACAGUCUCGGUACUGCAGGGCCCUCCCCGGUGACCCGCGUGCUGCUCAAGGCUCCCCCAGCUUUUCUAGAACGACCUAAGGAAGAAUAUUUCCAAGAAGUAGGGCGGGAGCUGCUCAUCCCCUGCUCUGCCCAGGGAGACCCCCCUCCUGCUAUCUCUUGGGCCAAGGUGGGCCGGGGGCCGCAGGGCCAGGCCCAGGUGGGCAGCAACAGUAGCCUCAUCCUGCGACCGCUGACCAAGGAGGCCCAUGGGCGCUGGGAGUGCACCGCUAGCAAUGCUGUGGCCCGAGUGGCCGCCUCCACACAUGUCUACGUGCUGGGCACCAGCCCACACGUUGUCACCAAUGUGUCCGUGGUGCCUUUGCCCAAGGGUGCCAAUGUCUCCUGGGAGCCCGGCUUUGAUGGUGGCUAUCUGCAGAGAUUCAGUGUCUGGUAUACCCCACUGGCCAAGCGUCCUGACCGAACCCACCACGACUGGGUGUCGCUGGCAGUGCCUGUGGGGGCUGCUUACCUCCUGGUGCUGGGGCUGCAGCCCCAUAUCCAGUACCAGUUCAGCGUCCUAGCGCAAAACAAGCUGGGGAGUGGGCCCUUCAGUGAGAUCGUCUUGUCUGCCCCCGAGGGGCUUCCCACCACGCCAGCUGCCCCCAGUCUUCCGCCCACUGAGAUGUCACCUGCCCUGUCACCUCCCCGAGGCCUGGUGGCAGUGAGGACACCCCGAGGGGUGCUCCUGCAUUGGGAUCCCCCAGAACUGGUCCCUAAAACACUGGAUGGCUAUGUCCUGGAGGGGCGGCAAGGCUCCCAGGGCUGGGAGGUGCUAGACCGGGCCGUGGCAGGCACAGAAAUGCAGCUGCUGGUACCUGGACUCAUCAAGGUAUGUGUGGGAGGCAGGCACCGGGGGGGGGGGGGGGGGGGGGCCCCCCGCGGCCUGGAGGUGUACCCCUCCCGCACGCAGCUGCCAGGCCUCCUGCCCCAGCCGGUCCUGGCCGGCGUGGUGGGCGGGGUCUGCUUCCUGGGCGUGGCUGUCCUCGUGAGCGUCCUGGCCGCCUGCCUGACCAACCGGCGCAGGGCAGCCCGCCGCCGCCGCAAGCGCCUCCGCCAAGAUGCGCCUCUUAUCUUCUCCCCGCCCGGGAAGUCAGCUCCGCACUCUGCUCCGGGUUCGGGCAGUCCUGACAGCGUGGCAAAGCUGAAGCUCCAGGGCUCCCCGGUUCCCAGCCUGCGCCGGAGUCUGCUCUCGGGGGAGCCCGCUGGUCCCCCCAGCCCCCCUCCGGAUCCUCCACCUAGCCGGGGCCCCUUACCCCUGGAGCCCAUUUGCCGGGGACCAGACGGCCGCUUUGUGAUGGGACCCAGCGCCGGGACCCCCCAAGAAAGGUCAGGCUCUGAGCGAGCUGAACCUCGGACCCCAUCCCAGCACCAGGCCAGGUCCUAUGACUGCAGCAGCAGCAGCCCCAGUGGGAUGCCCCAGCCCCUCUGCAUUGCAGACAUCAGCCCUGUGGGGCCCCCUCCCGAGGCCCCGCCCAGUCCUCUGCCUGGUCCAGGACCCCUGCUUCAGUACCUGAGCCUGCCCUUCUUCCGGGAGAUGAAUGUGGACGGGGACUGGCCCCCUUUCGAGGAGCCCGGGCCUGCCCCACCCCCAGAUUACAUGGAUACCCGGCCCUGCCCCACCUCAUGUCUCCUUCAGCCCCUGGACUCCGCCACCGUGUCCCCCAGGGCAGCGCUUCCUGGGGCUGUGGUCGGGGCCGGGGCCACCCCAGAGCCCCUGUACACGGCACUGGCCGACUGGACACUGAGGGAACGGUUGCUGCCAAGCCUUCUCCCUGCCGCCCCUCGGGGUAGCCUCACCAGCCAGAGCAGUGGGCGGGGCAGCGCCUCGUUCCUUCGGCCCCCCUCCACAGCCCCCUCUGCGGGAGGCAGCUACCUCAGCCCUGCUCCGGGAGACACCGGCAGCUGGGCCAGUGGCCCUGAGAGGUGGCCCCGAAGGGAACACGUGGUGACAGUCAGCAAGAGGAGAAACACAUCUGUGGAUGAAAACUAUGAGUGGGACUCAGAAUUCCCCGGGGACAUGGAAUUGCUGGAGACUCUGCACCUGGGCGCGGCUGGCCCUCGACCCCGACCUGAAGCCGAGCCAGACCUAGAUGUGAAGACUCCAGAGGAGGGUGGCCUCUUGAACGCUGCCCAUGCUUCUGGCCCCGAGGCCCGCUGUGCUGUCCUCCGGGAGGAAUUCCUAGCUUUCCGUCGCCGCCGCGAUGCCACUAGGGUCCGGCCACCGGUCUAUAGACAGCCAGUGCCCCACCCCGAACAGGCCACUCUGCUGUGAGAGCGCCUGAUAGGAGGCUGGGUGAAGGCACACAGAGCCUGCAGAGGGGAGGCCCCAGGAAGCCCUAGCUCCGGCCUGGAACACUGCUCCUGCAGCUCUGGUGGUGGUGGGCUUGGGUGGGCUUGCUAGGAGGUGUAUAUGCCGGGCCCCCGGAGUCCGGGGACUGGGACAGGGAUCUUAGAUCUGCCCGUGUGUGUGUGAGUGUGUGUGGUGACGGUGACGGUGUUUGUGGUGUGGGUGAGGUUUUUUUACAGGUGAAUAAAGAAAGUCUGACAAAUGUU